UCGUCUCUUUGCUUCAGGUACUUCCUUCCGAACUCCACUGCUACGUUACACUUGGAAAAACCUCUGCUACGCAAACACUCCCUCCAUUUCAGCUCCAAAACCCUAUGCAUGCGGUGGCGUGAAUCUCUGAUCUGCCAAAAAUGUCCGGAAGUGGAAGAAGAACCGUUCGCAGCAGAGUCAGAUCCCUCUCCGAGGCCGACGCCGAUUCCCUUCAGGAAAGGAGGCCUGCGUUGAAUCGCCACAGAGAGAGAAGCAAAUACGGAAGCUCCAUUCCACUAUUCAGAAGUGCCAAUCUCAGAGUUGUGCUAGGUAUCUGCUUCCUCGCAUUCUUCGUCAUCUUGUUCAUGAUCCAUCACCUCUUGCUCGCGGAACCGAAGCUUCCUCGCGCCGUUACGCCACUUCCUGCGCCGAAGAUAAUGGACCUUCCUCAGUUUCAAGGCGAGCACAAGGAGAGUUUGUAUUGGGGAACUUAUCGGCCUCACGCGUAUUUCGGAAUUCGUGCCAGGACUCCAAAAUCAUUGAUUGCUGGAUUGAUGUGGAUUGGUGUGAAGGACGGCAGAUAUCACUUGCGGCAUGUUUGCAGACAUGAGGAUGACCUAAGUACUUAUGGUUGGACAAGACACAAUGGACGUGACUUUGGACAUCAAGUACUGGUUGACCAUGGCAUGACCUUGACUACUGGGUUUUUAAAAUCAAAAUCGGAGGGCAGUGGUUAUGGAGGGGAUUGGGCUGUUCGAAUAAAUGUGCAACUUGAUAAGUCCAAGUGGAAUGAGGAAUUUGGGAGAGGUGCCCAGCUCUUUUUCUAUUUGGCUGAUGAAGCUGGUAAUGCUCUAGAUGUAAGUGGAGAAAACAUGAACAUUCAUGAGGAUUCUUUGCUAGCAUCCGGCUCCCGAGCGGACAUUGGAGAUUGGCAGUUACAUUUAAAAUCAAUGGAUAAUUUGGAGAUGCAUUAUGCUGGAUUUCACACGCCUCACUUUCACAAUUUGUCUGAUUUCAUAGAGGAAAAUCUUGCUUCACAAAUAAGAAAGCAUGCUCGGCUGGAGCUGUCUGACUCGUUAGAUGAUUCUCCAAAUGUGUUAGUUUUUCAGAUUAUUGGUGGAUUUCCUUUCACAACAGAUAUUGCACUAAUCUCUGGAACUGAUUCAGAUAGUUCUAGAAUAGAAGAGCGUGUCAGUAUGCUUACAGGUAUCUCGUUGUCCAAUCAGCUGAAAUAUAAAGAACAAGAAUUUGAUGAAAAGUUUGAGAAAAUUUUCCAUUUGGCUGAGAAGGUGGAUUCUGAAUCCAUAUCUGUUGGUAAGGCUGCUGUUGGAAACUUAUUAGGUGGCAUUGGCUACUUCUAUGGCCAGUCAAAAAUUGCUGUUUCAAGAAUCCUUAAUCUUAGGGAACGUGUCAAUUAUUUACCAUAUUGGCCAGCUGAGCUUUACACAUCUGUUCCAAGUCGAUCUUUCUUUCCAAGAGGAUUUUUAUGGGAUGAAGGUUUCCAUCAACUUAUCAUCUGGCGUUGGGAUAUUCAUAUUUCGUUGGAUAUCAUUGGACAUUGGUUAGAUUUGAUGAAUGUUGAUGGAUGGAUACCACGUGAACAAAUUCUGGGGGCUGAAGCACUGAGUCGGGUCCCAGAGGAAUUUGUUCCUCAACAUCCAACUAAUGGAAAUCCUCCAACUCUGUUUUUAGCGUUAAAUGAUAUAAUUAACAGCUUGAAGAAUAAUGAGUUUACUGCAAUGGAUAGAAGUGAGAUCUCUCAAUUCCUGGAACGUGCUUUUGUUCGAUUGGAAGCAUGGUUCCAUUGGUUCAACACAACUCAGUCAGGGAAGCAGAUGAGCAGCUACUAUUGGCAUGGACGGGACAAUAGGACAACAGUUGAAUUAAAUCCCAAGACACUGUCCUCUGGAUUGGAUGAUUAUCCACGAGCUUCUCAUCCCAGUGCAGAUGAACGCCACUUGGAUCUUAGGUGUUGGAUGUUACUUGCAGCAGAUUGUAUGCAUUCCAUUCAAGAGUUGUUGGAUAAGGAAAGCAAACCUGGCAUGAAUUAUGGUUCUACGGCUAAAUCACUAUCGGAUUUUGAGUUACUGAAUCAGCUGCAUUUUGAUGAUGCACUCGGUGCUUAUUUUGAUUUUGGAAAUCAUACAGAGAAGGUUCAACUUAAAUGGAAAGAAUUGGAAGCAGAACACAAUUAUGCUGCUCGCCAGCUUGUCCGGCAUGUUUUGGAGAGGCCUGUAUUGAGAUUGGUUCCUCAUAUUGGUUAUGUUAGUUUGUUCCCGUUCAUGGGGAGGAUCAUUCCAUCUGGAUCAUGGAUUCUGGAAAAGCAGCUUGAGCUCAUUUCAAAUCGCAGCCUCUUAUGGACUAACUAUGGACUACGUUCUCUUGCCAAAACAAGUUCCUUGUACAUGAAACGCAACACAGAACAUGACCCUCCAUACUGGAGAGGUCCAGUCUGGAUAAACAUGAAUUACAGAAUUCUUUCGGCGCUCCACCAUUACUCCAAAGAGAAUGGGCCAUAUCAGGCCAAAGCUAAGGCCAUCUAUGAAGAAUUGAGAAGCAAUUUAAUUAGAAAUAUUGUGCGCAAUUAUCAAGAGUCUGGAUUUUUGUGGGAACAGUAUGAUCAGACUAAGGGUAAGGGGAAAGGGGCACAUCCGUUUACGGGAUGGACAUCGCUUGUAGUCUUGAUCAUGGCAGAAACAUAUGGCAAAAUUUAGGACAAACACAGCUUGGAGAGGCUAUGUUAUAUGAUGAUGACAUGCAUUCCUUCAUUCCGUCUCAUCUUUCGUCCAUGAGUACCACCAGGGCAGGAAGGGGCGUGCAACGUCCUUAUUUUAAAUAUGCACACUAUAUUUUCCAGAAUAUUUUAUUUUUGAAGCCCUCCCAAAUGCCAAUAUUAUGGAAGAGGAACAGAUCACAUGUGCUUGGUAAAAUAUCCUCUUGCCAUAUUCCAUCCACCCCAAGCUAAAAUAUGAGAACGUUGAAAGCAGAAAACUUAUUUGAUAAACGUUAUGAAUUACUUUUGCGGUAGUUUAAUAAAAAAAAUGUUUUUCUUUCAUUUUUAUCUUUCCAACUAAA